AUGACCAUGGGCGUCGGCGAUGAGCGCCGCACCGUGCAGACCGACACGCCAGAGGUGCGGGCCGCUCUGGAGCACCUGCACGACCCAGCGGUGCACGACCAUCUGGAGAAGCACUUGGACGCCGUCUCGGCGGCACAGGGAGGCCGCUGGCUGGAGAGCAGCACCGUGGAGCACGAGGGCUCCCAUGGCUACGGCAGCCACAGCCACCGCCCGCAGACGGACAGCGCCGAGGUGAAGGCAGCACUGGCCGGGCGCGCCUCCCCAGAGUGGCGGGAGGCGGAUGAGAAGCUGCGGGAGGCCCGCGCCACCGUGCAGGGCGGGAGGUGGAUGGACGAGGGCAACAUGCCGCGCAACCGGCCCACCCAGAUUGACCAGCCCGAGGUGAAGGCGGCGCUGGCUGCUGCCCAGGACCCUGAGGCCAAGAAGGAGGUGGAGAGGAAGCGGGCGGCGCGCGCCGCGACCCAGGGCGGGCGCUGGCUCGACUGA